CUUAUCACAAGAUUGAUCCACCGUCCGCUGCGAUCGGCUCCGUGUCGUACCAACCAAGGCGCUUCCGACUUCUGACUCUCUGCAGAUUUCUUAGGGUUUUCUUCUGCCAUUCUCGCGACUAUGGCCGCGGUUCGAUUGACGCCGGAAGACGCCGAGUUGUUGCACCAGGCUCGGGCGGCGCCGUCCGCCGUCGAUCUGGUCUCCGACGACGACCGCUCUGUGGCCGCUGACUCAUGGUCCAUCAAGAGCGAGUAUGGUAGCACCCUCGACGAUGACCAGCGUAAUGCCGACGCUGCCGAGGCUCUUUCCGCCGGCAACUUGCGUCCUGCAUCCGAUUACAGUUCUGACAAGGAUGAAAUGGAACCGGAUGCUGAAGCUGUGACGUCAAUGCUAGGCCUUCAAAGUUAUUGGGAUUCUCAGUAUGCUGAUGAAUUGGCCAAUUUCCGUGAACAUGGCCACGUUGGUGAGGUCUGGUUUGGAUCUGAAGUUAUGGAAACUGUUGCAUCUUGGACAAAAAGCUUGUGUUCUGACGUUUCUCAAGGUCAGAUUCCAAAUCAAAGCGACAACGUUAAGUCACUGGAUGUUGAACAGGGUUCCAAAUUCUUGACUAGUUGGAGUGUUCUUGAUAUUGGGACGGGAAAUGGUUUGCUGCUUCAAGAACUUGCUAAGGAGGGAUUCUCUAAUUUGACAGGAACUGAUUAUAGUGAAGGGGCAAUAAACCUUGCUAGAAGCCUUGCAGAGCGAGAUGGUUUUUCCAAUAUUAAUUUUUUGGUUGAUGACAUUCUUGAGACAAAGUUGGGAAGGCAAUUUGAACUCGUUGUGGAUAAAGGGACUCUAGAUGCGAUUGGAUUGCAUCCAGAUGGUCCUAUUAAAAGGAUCAUGUAUUGGGAGUCGGUAUCAAAACUGGUGUCUCCCGGUGGGAUAUUGGUGAUAACUUCCUGUAACAGUACAAAAGAUGAACUUGUGCAAGAAGUUGAGAACUUCAAUCAAAGAAGGGUUAAUUCCUCUGCGGAAACGGAGUCACCCAGUGAAACGCAAAGAGAAUUGCCUACGUUUCAGUACCUAGGGCAUGUUGGUACGUACCCGACAUUCACCUUCGGAGGAUCUGUUGGAUCUCGCGUUGCCACGGUGGCAUUUCUUAGGAACUGAUUGUGCUGGCUGUCAUCAUGGAUUUGAAGUCAUUUCUGUAUGUUACACAAAAUUAUGGAUUUGUAGUGUUUGAGACUACCAGAGUUUGCCCCCCCCAUGAGUUAAUGUUUUUGCUUGAAAAACCACAGGACUUUGUGUUGUGUAAAACUUUGAACCAUUCUCAGGCUUUUUAGCGUCUGCUUAGGGAACUGAUGUAAUUACGGUGGGAGUAAAUUGGAAAAUUACUGAAUAGUAGCUUCAUGUCUGUGUGAUGUUGAGAUCUCAAGAAAGUGUCGAAUGAUUUUGACA